AUGGACGACCCAUACAACCUGUACGUCACGGCUGAUGGCCAGGCGGACGAGAUCAUGGAGAAGCUCUCGGAGAAGGCGGGCGUGUCGUCCAAGUUCAUCAAGCUGAUCGAGGAGCGCAGACACAAGGUGCUCAAGGUGUACUCGCGCGGCGCCGGCAUCAGCUCCAUCAGCCGCACAUCGCACAUGCUAGCCUUCCAGCAGCUCGACCCGGCCGACGUGGGAGAGCCUGUCGUCGAGCUGCUCGUCAUCCAGCGUGCCAGCGCGACCACUGGCCCAUCCACCGGGAGCUGUGCAGCGCCUGGCAGCCGGAGCCCUGUCGGCUGUCCGUUCCUGGUCAGCCUGCCGCGCUCGGCGGCCACCUACGCCGGCGUCUGCCGCACCAUGGAGGCCUUCUCCAGGCACUCGGUGAACGUGUUCUGCGUUCCGGUGAGCUCGUCGGGCGAGCGGCGCGACUCUCUGAGCUCCAACACCAGCUCCGACAGCGGCAAGUGCACGGACACGGAGGAGGUGCCGGCCGAGGAGGAAGCGGCAUCCGGCGACUCGGCCGACCGGCACGGACCGCCGCCGGCGACAGGGGGCGAGGAGAAGCAGCUGUUCUUCAUCAAGCCGGUGAAUCAGCAGGGACAGAGCAUCACCACAGCGGACGGCGCCCGGCUGCAGGACUGCGACGACCAGCCGCUGGAUCUGCACGGCAACUGCAUGGUGGCGAUGGACUGGAAGACGCACCACCGCUCGCGGCCCUGCUGUCUGGUGGAGGACAAGGAGCUGGACGCGGCCCCGGAGCCGGGGCCGUCGCUCGGCGGCGAGCCCGGCGCUGACUUCACGCUCGACCAGUGCCUGCAGCUCUUCACGGAGCCGGAGCAGCUGUCGCCGGGCGAGGCCUGGUAUUGCCCCAGGUGCAAGACUCACAGAGAAGCGGAGAAACAGAUGAGUCUAUGGCGCGUACCCCUCAACCUCAUAGUGCAGCUCAAGCGCUUCUCGUUCAAGGACUUCAUCUACAGGGACAAAAUCGACAAAAUGGUCCAUUUCCCAACGAGGGGUCUGGAUCUCAGCCCGUACCUGACGGUGGAGCCGGACGACGGGCCCGCCAUCUAUGACCUGUACGGCGUCAUCAACCACCACGGCGGUAUACUGGGCGGUCACUACACGGCCUUCGCGCGCUGCGUGGACCCCCUCCGUCCCGAGGAGUCUGAAUACGACUGGCGCCUGUUCGACGACAGCCGCGUCAGCCGGGUCACCGAAGAGCGCGUCGUCACCCAGGAGGCCUACCUGCUGUUCUACCGGCGCCGCGUGCCGUACGUGGCGACGCCGCGCUCCACCGACGCAGAGGAGAUCGACUGAGGCCGGCCGCCCGGCCGGCCCUGUCACCGCGUACAAAGGGUCGUGGCCGCUCCUGCUGACCCGCCCGCUGCCCGCGCCUGAGGCGGCCACGUCCACGGCCGAGGCGGCCACGUCCACGGCCGAGGUGGCCACGUCCACGGCUGAGGCGGCCACGUCCACGGCCGAGGCGGCCACGUCCAUGUCUCGGGAGCUCACGGGUGAAGCCGGCUCUGGCGGACCGGCAAUCGCACGGCUUGUGGAUCUCUGGGGUGCAAGGCUGGACGCUCGGGUCACUGGGAGGUCCUGCGCUGAGACUGGGUAUGUUGUGGGCGUAUUCACGAGUGUGCGAGACACCGGUCCUAGGUUGCCGGAGUCUCCGUGUCCACAAUAGGGUUGACAUGGAGGCCUUUCCGUGCAUGCGACCGACUGUGUUGGACUGUAAUCGCAUGCAGUGCGUAAUCUUCCGGGUGUAGACUUGUUGUUUCGUGUCGCAGAAUUGAGGUAAGCAAAACAGCCCAUGGAUUCGGAUCUCAUUGACAAUGACAAACCAUACAGUCGAAUAUGGAUGACAGUACGUGUUCUCGGGGACAUAGCCGGCGGCUCUUUCAAUGGAUGGGUGGCGUGCAUAUAGGUUGGCUCGCCCGACGGGCCGUUCUUUGACAAUGCUAGUAUUACUAUUAGCCGCAUGGGUGCGACGACGGCGGGCGAUCGUCAGUCCCAGCUGAUUAAGGCCACGUGCGCGGCGGGGUCCGGGUCCUUGCGCCACGGGGUCCGGGUGCCGCGCUCGUGUCUGGAUGUAUCAAUGAUGCUCAGCUGUGGGAUGUGGCCCUCUCAGCGGAAAUACAUACCUC